AUGUUGCGUGAAGUUAAAGCAAAGAACCCGCGCACUGCGCGUAUCCUCAAGGCGCGCGAGCCUCAACUCAUUGAGAACCCCAAGAAGACCCUCCUGCUGCACGGCACCAAAUGUCCUCAGGCACUUGACACCGUCCUCAAGACAUUUAACUCCCUGACAAAGCCCAACUCCGUGCUUUUCCACAAGAAGAAUGCCAAUGUCCACCCCUUUGAAAACACCGAGAGCCUCGAGUUCAUGGCCAACAAGAACGAGUGCGGUCUGGUGAUCUACGGAAGCAGCAACAAGAAGCGCCCCAACUGUCUUACACUUGCCCGAAUUUUCAGCUCACAACUACUGGACUUGUGCGAGUUGAUUCUGCUCCCUGCAACAGAGGCGGGUGAUAUCCCUCCUAUCAAUGAGCUGGUCAUGCACGUCGGCUCAGGAUUGCGCCCAAUGAUGCUCUUCGCAGGAAGCCCCUGGGAAGACCCGACCUCCUCCGCACACGUUAUGCUCAAGAGCUUCUUCCUGGAUAUGUUCAAGGGUGAGGAGACCGACCGUAUCGAUGUUGAGGGUCUGCAGUACGUUUUGAUGGUUGCCGCCGAGGAGCCACGGGACGGUCUGUCCCCCAUCGUCCACCUGCGGUGGUACAAGGUCGUUACUAAGCGCAGUGGUCACAAGCUGCCGCGUGUGGAGCUGGAGGAGAUUGGUCCCAAGUUCGAUUUCAAGAUUGGCCGUACACGCCCCGCCCCUGCGGAUCUCAUGAAGGAGGCCAUGAAGCAAGGCAAGCGCCCCAACGAAGAGGCACGCACCAAGAAGAACAUUGUUACCGAUGCUGUCGGUGACAAGAUUGGUCGUGUUCACUUGGCCAAGCAAGAUCUGGGCGGUCUCCAGACUCGCAAGAUGAAGGGUCUGAAGCGCCGAGCCGGCAUGGAGUCGGAUGAUGAUGAGGAUGAGGAGGAUCUGGAAAUGAUGGAUGUCGAUGAGAUCCUGGAGGAGGAGAGCCACAAGCGGGCUCGUAAAGACUAG